UUGGCUCAUGACUUUUGGCUCUCACUUGUCUUCUCAGGAGAGAAAGUAGUGAGUGAGUGAGAGAAAACAGAGCUCAUAAGAGUCGGUCUAGGAAGCAAAUGAGGAGUGGAGCGAGAAUGUGGGCUACAAAUUUGAGAAAAAUAUUAAUCAUAGUGUUCUAGAUUUGCAUGGUUUGAAUUUCAAAAAAACCAUACAAAAAAUACAGAUUUUUUGGUCAUAAAUUUGCAUAUAUACUCUCUCUCUCUCUCUCUCUGUCAUCUGAUCUCUCUCGGACAUGUGAGAAAAAUCUGAAAACCUCUCAGAUUAUCUCUCUUCCGCUUCUCUCUCUCUCUCUCUCUCUCUCUCUCUCUCUCUCUCUCUCUCUCUCUCUCUCUCUCUCUCUCUCUCUCCUUUCCCUUUUUAAUUUUUGUACUGUUUUUUUUGCUAAAAACUUGGCUAGGCUUUCGGGUUUGUUCCUCCCCAAGCGAGAUUUUGGGCAAUCUUAAAUUCCUCUAAGAGUUUGUUUUCAAAUCAUGGUUUCUUGAAAAUCAAGGAUUUGGGUCUCUCUCUCCAAUCUUUGUUUCGUUGUUUCCUUAAAAUCCCAAAAAAAAAUGAUAAAAAUACCCAAAUUUUUAUUCAGGGAAGAGAAGAACAAGAGCAAGUACUACAAAAGCCACAAGAACAUGUUCCUCCUCCAACUCAAAUCACCAUCAAGAUUUAGAUUUUCCCCCAUAAAUCCCCAUUUCAAAUCCUGAGUUUCUGAGUGUGAUCCAGAAAUCCCCUCUUUUUUAUUAUCAAUCUUUUGUUGCUGUAAAAGUAGAUGGAUUUAUUAACAUAGCAAAAGAAAUGGCUCAUGAGGAAGAACAAACCCAAGACACUAGCACUGAAAUUAUUGGGUUGGGAAGCAAUAACAUCAUCAGUAGUAGAUCUUCAUCCAAAAAAACAAAGCAGAAAAAAGUGCCACAGAGAGGACUUGGUGUUGCACAGCUUGAGAAAAUCAGGCUUGAAGAACAGCAGAAGAAAGCAGCAGCAGCUGCAAUUUUGUCCACCACCCCACCAUCUUCUCUCUCAUUACCAACAAAAUCUUCUUCACAUUCGUGUACUAGUUCGGUUCCGAUCAGGCAUUUUUAUCAGCCUCCCUCUUCAAUCCCAUUUCCAUCACUGGAUCUGCCCUCCCCCAACUCGAUUUUCCGUCCGCAGUUGAUUCCACCGGCCCACAGCGGCGUUGAUGGUAGGAAGCCAAUGAUCAGCAGUGGAACUUUUCCGUUUGGUGUGGGAAAUAAUAACAACAACAAUAAUAUUAAUGGUGGUGGGAAUGGGAAUCAUGUUCCCAACUUGUGGAAUCCAUGUGAGUUUAAUAUUCUUGAUCAGAAGGUGAGUUGUAAUCCUGGGUUGGAUCCUGGAUUGGCAUUCAGGUCUACUAUGAAUUUACCUUUUGAGUCCAGCAACAACAACCCCAUUUGGCCGCUCUCCAAUUUUCCAACAAGAACACAGCAAUUUCAUCACCAGCAGCCUCCUCCUCCACCGCCACCUCCUCCUCCUCCUUCAAUGGUUAAUCUGUCAACAGCAAAUUCAUCAUCUGUACUAAAUUUUCAGAUAGAGCCCCCUUCAAACCAAAGCUAUUACAGCAACUAUACUCCUAUGUGGCCGGAUGAAGAAAAGAUGGUUGGCAUGAAGAGGCCAUAUCCAUUUUCUCUAGAGAAUCCACCUGUCCCCUCCAUCAAGUUCCCUACAUUUGUUGCUCCUCCUAUAAGAGCCGAUGAAGCAACUUCAUGUGGGAACAGAUCUGCCUUCAAUUUUAAUCCCGCAAUCAAAACAAAUUUCAGAGAAGGACCUUCAUGCUCAACUUCAAUUUCUGAGUCGAAUUCAAGAAGCAGCAUCAAAGAAAAUGGGAGUGUCAAUGGAGAUUUUCUCACCCUAGCCCCUCCUUCAACUAGUUGGACAUGUCCCAGCCCAAAGCUCAACCUCCCUCCAUCUUAUCUUGCGUUUCAUAACCGUGAAAUUCCGGAUUUUGAAUCAUUUCACUAUCAAGGGAAUAAUGCAGAUGACACAAUUUACCAGGCAGGACCAAGUGUUCCAAAUCCACAACAAGCUUUCUACAGCUUCUUCCCACUAGCAAAGGCACAAAAUGAUAGGGCAGCGACCACUGUAAACAACAAUUGCAAUGGUGAAGUAGGAGAAAGUGUUGAUCUCAAUUUGAAGUUAUAAAAUCCGAUUUAUUUAUUAAUUAGGCCAUUUCUUGUGGAUCUUGUUUUCUCUGUAAACCAUAUUAUAAAUUUUUUUUUUUUUUUGCAUCAUUUAAAUUUAUACUUAGAUGGGUCUUUUAUUUGCAUAUGUAAGCUUGAGCCUUGUGAAGGGUGAAGAGUUUGGGAAGUAAAAAAUGGACAUGGAGAUGCAGAUUUAUCUGUAUGAGUGGUUACAAUUGUAUUCUUAUGAAGUCAAAAGUUCCUGUGUGCCUUGGGAUUUUGGGA